AUGCUCAGGACCUUCAAGAAUCUCUCGCCCAGGACCCGUCUCGGCGUUGGUGUUGCCAUCAUCGCUUGGGGUGCGGCGGGGCUCGCCUUGACUGAUCCUCUUGAGAAAUCACUUGGCUUAACUCCAACUGAAGAGGCCAAGGCUGAGCUGGACAAGUACACGCCAAAAAUUGUCACUGUCGAGAAGAACGAGAAGGAGGGUAACUAG